GAGGCAGGCAGAGCUGACACAGCGCUGGAAUGAGGAGAAGCGAGCUGUGCGUCUGUGUUUGCGCGUGUGACAUUUGCAACGGAGCGCUGUUCGGCGAUAACAAAAGAUGGGGAGACUUGUAUUUCUUAUCCUUUUCCUUCUGUGCAUAAGUGGUGCACUUCAAAAAAAGGGGAAACAGAGGAUACAAGUGCAGGAGAACAGAUCUGAGUUUGCUGCUCCUGUGCCCAGAACAUUUACAGGGGAACUAGUCAUCCAGACAAACGCCUUUGUCCUAAAUGGGACUGGAGCUCCCAUUUCAAAUCAUUCCCAUCCGGCACUGAAGUCACUUAGCAACAGCACAACGGGGUACCUCGGCGGCGCUCUCAGCACCCGGGUCAUCCCCGUCAUUUACAUGUUGGCGGUUGCUGUCGGCAUCCCGGCCAACCUCGCCAUCUUGUGCACGCUGGCCUCUAAAGUGAGGAAGGUGUCCUCCGCCAUCCUGUACUGCAGCCUGGCUGUCUCCGACCUCCUCCUGCUCCUCUCCCUCUUCUUCAAGGCUCACUACCACUUCCGUGGUAACCACUGGGCCCUCGGAGAGGCUGCCUGUCGAGUGGUCACGGCCUGUUUCUAUGGCAACCUCUACUGCUCGGCCCAGACGCUGGCCUGCAUCAGCAUCAAGCGCUACCUGGCUGUGGUGCACCCGUUCGAGUACAAAUCCCUCCCCAAGCGGAUGUGCACCGCCUGGGUCACGCUGGCCGUGUGGGCGCUGUUUGGAGCCGCUGUUGUCCCCGAGCUCCUCGUCCAGCAGAGCUACCUGCUCCCCGAGCUGGGCCACAUCACCUGCCAUGACGUAUUGCCCCUGGACAAUGACUCCCACACCUUCCUGAUCUACUACAACCUGAUCCUGACCGUCUUCGGCCUCCUGCUUCCACUGGUGACCACUGUUGUGUGCUACGCCCGAAUCGUCUGUGAGCUCAACAAGUCACACCACGACUGGGCGAUGUACAUCAAGGCCAGCUCACUGGUGUUUGUCAUCUUCCUUGUGUGCUUUGUCCCCGCUGGAGUCCUGCACUUCCUCCAUUAUGUGCAACUGUUUGUGACCAGAACGGGGAGUCUGUACGCGUACUUCAACGUGGCGGUGUGCUUGUGCUGCCUCCACGCCUGCCUGGACCCUUUCCUCUUCCUCUUGAUGUCCAAGUCUACGGGCUCCAGCCGGUACCUCCGGGGCUUCAAUGGCAAGACCCUGAGCAUAUCCGUCUAAAAGACACCCACUGUACAUGUCUUU